AUGACCAAUUAUUGCAAAUAUGUCGUCUCACUCAUCAUUCCAAAAUCAAGAACCGCGAGUUUUCCUUCAGGUGUGGCUAAAAUAUUUCCGGGGUGUGGGUCCGCAUGGAAAUAUGCGUAUUCGAGUGAACCCAAGAAAAAAGGUUCAGCUAGCCGAGUAUCGGAUUCAAGAAAAAAGGUUUCGCAAACGAGACAAGGUGAUUCUAGAGGUCCUAGUGCACCGGUUCAAACCUCCUACAGAUAUUCACCAACCUCUCAACCUCAAUUUUUUUACCCUCAACCUUCACAACCGACUUUUUAUAGCACUCAACCUAAUUUUCCACCACAAAUAUUUUCACACCCAAGCUUCACAACCGACUUUGAUACAUUUGCAUUUAGAAGCCCGCCAAUUCAAUCACCAAGAGAGAAUGUCGAGCGCCCACUUCCUAUCUACAUUGAAGACCAAGAUGUAGAGGUUGGCCCCGAAAUACAACAUUUGGAUGUAGAUAGUGGCGAGGACGAAGAAGAAUAUGAGGUUGAAGACGAUGAUAUUGGUGAAGCAAGUGAGCCGAAAGAAAAGGGAGUCAAGGCGGAGCAUCAAAGUUGGACGAAAAAACAAGAAGAGACCUUAGCCAAGGCAUGGGAUCGUAUUCGUGUUGGUGGGUGUGGCGACGUCGAGGCAUGGGAGGUUGUUAGUAAACAUGAAAAAUGGGAUCUGGUACCAUUGUUGGGUGAAGAUAGGGGAAGUUCAGGCCAAAAAAGAAAGUCGUCUGAUUCGGGUAACUACAAUACGGGUACACUGGGAACUGAGUUCACUAGCGAUAUACCCGACAUAAAUGUAGACCUCUCACCAACAACACCACGAAAGAAAGAUAAGAGGCCCGCAACAUCACCAACUGAUAGCAAAACGGCUUUGACCGAGAAGCUCGCGCAAUACACUCUUAUGAAACAACUUUUGUAUGAUCGGGAUUUGGAGACGUUUACUAAGCCACACGACCAUGCUUCACCCAAGAUGUUGCCGUUUAUUCUAGCACGAAAACGGGAUUUCAAAUCAACAACCAUCAUGCCACCACCCUCUACCACCACCAUUCAUCAUCUACAACCACCAUCACCACCACCCUCCACCGCCAUCUCCAAAUCAACAACAACCACCGACACAACCACCACCUUUCAUCAUCCACCACCAUCUCAAAUCAACUCAACUAAAAACCCCCAAAACCAAAAAUCCCCAAAAACCCUAAUGAGUCUCCGAUCAUUAACGAGUCUCCGGGCACCAACGAUUCUCCGGCCACCACCGAUUCUCCGGCCACCACCGAAUCUCCUACCACCCACCUGUCACCCACUGACCACCCACCUGCAACCGGCCUUAACACCACCUCCACCGCCGCCCGUAACGCCACAGCCACCCACUCGCCAUCCACCCACCACCCACCUGCAACCGGCCUUAACACCACCUCCACCGUCGCCCCUAGCACCACAGCCACCCACCACCCACCUACAACCAAACCCACCUACAACCAAACCCACCACAAACACCCGCCAUAACCACCUGCCACAUCCACCCUCAAAAGUCAGAUCGUGUGAUAGAAAGAGAGAGUGUGUGAGAGAGAAAGUUUAG